AUGUGUUACUUUUAUCAAACACGUUGGUCCUGCGGAUAUUGGAGAUGGGGUCAGUUCAAACAGCAAUGCAACAAAGAAUACCGGACGGGCGAGACAUGCGGACUGAAGCUGGUGUUCGAAACCAUCACAAAUCCAGACCGAUGCAAGCUGUGCUACGAUAUGGACAAGAAGUAUCGUCGGUUGCACAAGAUGGAGGGAGACGUCGAACGAUGGUAUCGCGAAGGGAAUCGCCAGGCGACUAUCGAGCGGACGAACAUUGAGAUACAAGAUGUCCAACGCCAGAUCCAUGAGAUGAGCACUUCGCAUUGGACCAGAGUGAGUACGUUGACCUGA